AUGGCAAAAAAUCCAAACAAGACCCUGAAAAAUGAUUAUUUUCCGAAAAAUCGCCUCUCGGAAUUUCGUCUCGAGAAAAUAAAACAACGCCAGGCAAUUAAUUUAUCGAAAAAGAUAUCAAGAUUCUACGAGAAAAAACUUUCAAAUUCGGAAAUUGAACCAGAAAUUGUCCAGGACGAAAGUACUAAAUCUUUGUUUCUCUCAAAACUGAGUUCCUGGGCAAAGGAUAUUCCUGUCGAAGGUCUGUCACCAGAGUGGGAGAAAAAUAUCAAAAAGUCAGUUCUGAAUUUAUUCAAAAAGAAAUACGAUCGUUUUCUAAAAUCCCUGAUUGAAGAAAUCAGACAAAAUUAUCUCGAGGAAAUGCAAAAUUUCGCGCUGAGUACGAUUCUUGCAAUCGAAACAAAUCAAGAUAAUUUACAAAAAAAUGAUGACUCAUUCCACAAAAGCCGUAAUUCUAAUUCUGAAUACUGUGAGACUUUUUCCAAAAAUCGUAAAUCUUUAUCCAAAAAGUAUUUCCUCUCCGAAAAUCUUGUCAGAUUUAUAAUGAAGACGGCAUUUUUCAAUUUGCCUCAACUUUUCAUUGACUUGAUUCAGUAUCGAGUCUUGGGAGUUCUUCCCUUAUCAGAAUUCGAGAGAAAAAUAAAAAAAGACGUGAGAAAAGCCUCGAUAAACAUUCUGAGUCACUACUACAGUAAAGUAGUAAAAGCUCUUCCAAAAUUAAGUAUAAAAAACAUCAAUCCCAGUGUUCGUUCUCGAGUAAUUAACUCAGCGACAGUUUUGUUUGCCCGGCAAAUUUUGGAAAUAAAAAUGAAGACGAUAUGUCAUUUGAUAAAUUCGAUAAAAAAUCCACUCUCUUCUCCACUAUUAAAAUUGGAUCUGAUUUUUGAGAACAAUAGUCUGAUCAUAAAGCCGAGUCUUGAAGAAAUCCGAACCACUUAUCACGAGAUUAUCGAUAUCGUUUCGAAUAUUGCUCAAGAUCUCGUUCCUUUCGAAAGCUGGCUUGACAUCAAAACUGAGCAAGACUUCAUCAAAGUCAAACUACCAGAGUGGUUUCUUCAAGAAUCUCAUGAUAAAUUGGAACAAGUUUUGGAAAACAUUUUCCACUCCCUCAACGAAUAUCAUUUUCGGGUGAAUGAAGAAUUUCAAUUCAUCUCAGCAGUAGAAACGAAGCCAAACAUUUUGAAAUUGGUCUCUGAGAAUCGAGAAUUUGAAGAAUAUUGUUCCCAGGUAAAAAUCUUGAUGAACUAUCUGAGCGACGUGAACAAAAUGGUGUCAAAAAUUUACUACGACACAGGAAUCCUGAACCAAAUUGACGCCAAGCAAGUCCUAAAAUCUCGAACCUUGGACUUGAUGACCAUCCUCGUGGACUCUAUCAAAAAUAAUCACGAGGCAGAGACGCGAUCGAUCUGUUCUGAAUUUGAAACCCUGAAAAGCAGAGCUCUAAAUAUUCCCAGGGAUGCAAAAUCUCUCUUCGAAUUGAGCGAAUACAUGGCUCAUGGAGCAAAAGAUCUGGUUUCAGAUCUGGAAAAAAGAGUGCAGAGGUCAAUUAAAAUCCUGAGUUCCCUACUCGAAAUCACAAUUCUCUCCCCCGAUCAUAUCGAAUCGAACAAACAAAGCAUAAACUGGAUCGAGUCAAUCAAACCAAUUUUCAUCCAGAGCAACACUUUAUCAGAAGCGAUGAAGAGUGAGUCAGAGGACGAGCUCCAGCGACGAAUAGCACUCCUAAAUUCGAAAAUUGACCAGCUCGUUCCUGAAUUUGUCAUUCUGGAUGACAUGGACGAUGCAAAAAGAGUUCAAGAAUACCUAGAGUACUUAAGAGCCCUCGCGAGAAAAGUCAAUCUGAUCGAGAAAGAGAUUCACGAGAUUAAUUUCGAAGAGAGGCUUUUCAAAUUCCCAGAGACGAGUUUUCCGAAAGACACGGAAUUGAGAGAAGUGAUUGAACCUUUUCAUGCUCUGGUUCGAUUGAUUUGUGAGUGGCAGAGAAAUCACGAGGUCUGGUUGAAAGGACCUUUUGAGUAUUUGAAUGCAGUCGUGAUAGAAGAGAAGACAAACUACUUUCUUGAAGAAAUUUCCGAGAGCAAUAAGGUUUUCAAGACGAAGAUCAAAAUGGAUUUGACUUCCAGUAAAGCUUUCAAAUUUUCUGGAAUCGUUGAUGAUCCGGACGCGAUGCAACAACCAGCGCCUGUAAAAUUGUGCUGGCAGGUUCUGCAAGAUAUCAGGAAUUUUAUGAAUUUUGUUCCUCUUGCAACUUGUUUUUGCAACCCGGCUCUGAGGAAGAGACACUGGGAUGAAAUGUCUGCCGUUUCUGGACAGGAACUUUUCCCAAAUGCUGGCACUACUCUCGAAAAAAUUAUAGGAUUGGAUUUGAUGAGUCAUAUCGAUAUGUUCCAGGUUAUCAGCAAAGGCGCCAACAAGGAACUUGCCUUGCAAAUUCAAGUCGAAAACAUGUUCCAGGAAUGGGAAUCGAUAAAUUUCCAAAUUUCCCCAAUCGAGGAAAUUUACUCCUUCAUCGAAUCAGAAAAAAUAGAAGUUCUUCUCGCGGAUCACUUGACAAAAAUUCAAGACAUCAGAGGUUCCUACUUCAUCAAACCAGUGGAAUUGAGAGUUUCCGAACUUCUCGAAGCCUUGACUCAAAUCCAAAUUUUCGGCCAACAAUUUCUCUCUCUACAAGUUCAGACCAAGAAAUUUCUACUCCUAUUUGAAAAUCCUAGAGCAGCAAACCAACUUCCCGAAGAAGAAAUUUUAUUUUCCUCGGUCAAAGAGAUUCAAAGUCAAAUUAUAAAAUCCAUUUCUCUGAACCCAACAUUUAAACAACUAACUAAAGAUCCGAAAGUUAAAUAUUUAGAAGAAACUGUGUCAAAAAUGAAAAAAGUCCAGGAAAGUGUCGAAAUUUACGUAGAUAAAAGAAGACUCGACUUUCCAAGAUUCUUCUUUAUUUCUGACGGUGAAAUUCUAAAAAUUCUCUUUGACAAAGACCCUUCCGUGUCGAUUCUGAAAUGUUUUCCCGGGGUGAGAAAAUUUGGAAUUAAGUCUCUCAAAAUAAAUUCGAUAAUUGGAGACUAUGGUGAGAAAAUUAGACUCUUAAAUUCGGUAGCGACUCAGCAAAUUGAUGAAAACUGGUUGGUCAAAGUCGAGGAGACAAUACGAAAAACCUUGAGGGAAGAGAUACUCGAAACAUAUUUAAAUUUUGAUUUCGACUCUUUCGAUGGAGAUAUUACAAAUCCUGGGAUUGUUAUUUUUUCUUCCUGGCAACUCUACUGGACAAAACAGAUUCAAAAUUCUCUCUUGGACAUCGAAAAACUAAAAUGUUUUCAAACCAAACAGGACGAAUUAAUAUCCAAAGAAUUGGAACAAUUAAAAUCAGUCACUUCCAGAUUAAAACGAAAAAUAAUCUCGGCCCUGCUCACCCUCCAGAUUUAUCAAAAAGACAUCACUAAAGUAAUAAUUGCCAAAAAUAUAGGGGAAACAGACUUUGAGUGGAAAGCCCAGCUUCGCUAUUACUUGUCAGAUAAAAAUAUAGAGGUAAAUUUGAUGAACGCUUCAAUAAACUAUGGUUACGAGUACAAUAAUUCACUUUUUAUUGCAAAUACUCCUUUGACUGAGAGAUGUUAUCGAACUUUAAUGGAGGCUUAUCAACACAAUUAUUUUGGAAAAAUUGUCGGUCCUUCGGGUUCUGGUAAAACAGAAACAGUGAGAAGUUUGGCAAAAGCUUUCGCUCUUCUUUUCCACGCCUACAAUGGAAAUGACAAGUUAAAUUUCAAUUUUGUGGACAAAAUUCUCAAAGGUUUUGUGUCCUCCGGAGCAUGGAUUUGUUUCAAAAAUUUCGACAGGAUCGAAGAAGGAGUACUGUCUCUAAUUUCCCAAAGAAUCUCCUCAAUUUCCGAGUCAAGAUUAACCGGGGUUGUAGAUUUUGAUGGAACAUUAAUCAAUUUAAAUAAAUCUGGUUUUAUUUCCAUCACGAUAAAUCCAGAACUGUACUCUCCAACGAGACGCUAUUUACCAGAGACGAUAAAAUUUCCAUUUAGAACCAUCACAGUUCUCUCACCAGACACAAAUCGCAUUUGCGAAAUCGAAUUAUUCGCGGCCGGAUUCGAAAAGGCGGAAAGUCUCGCCCUAAAAAUAAAAACAGUUUAUAAACUUGCGGAAGAGAUGCUUACAAAAUUCGAUUUUGGAUUACGAAGCGUAAAAAACGUUUUGAAAACGGCAAUUUGCCUCAAGGAAAAAUUUCCAGUAGAUGAGAAUAUUUUGAUGCUUCGGGCUUUGGUUGAUGUGAAUUUGUCGAAAUUAGAUGAAUCUCAAAUUCCUACUUUCAGGGGAAUUUUAGAUGACACUUUUCCCGGAGUUUAUUUACCUAGUCCAGAUUAUAAAACAUUUCUAGAGGCUCUUGAAGAAGUGUGCAAAAACAAUUGUUUGGAGGGAUACGACGGUUUUAAAUUGAAAAUUAUACAGACUUUUGAGAUGAUUCACAUCCGAGAUGGAAUUAUAAUUAUUGGAGAAGCACUCGCUGGAAAAUCAACGAUUUUAAAAACUUUGGCGGAGGUUUUAGAAUUGUUGGAUGAUAAAAUAAUGUUGGAAACAGUAAAUCCGGGAGCAGUGACGACUGAUCAACUUUACGGACAUUUCGAUGAAGAAUCCAGAGAGUGGAGGGACGGUAUUUUUGUCAACAUUUUAAAAAGCAAAAGCCCUUCGAAAAAGUGGGUCAUUUUCGACGGACCAAUCAACACCUGGGUUGAAAAUUUGGAUCCCUUUCUCGACGACAGUAAAAAACUAAUUCUAAACACCCAUGAAAACAUAUCCAAACCACAAGAGCUGAAAAUUUUUAUCGAAACUCUGAAUCUUGACGAGGCUUCGCCUCUAACUAUUUCCCGUUCAGGAAUAAUAAAUAUUGAAUCUCAAGACUGGAGAAACUACAUAAAACCCCUGAUUAAAAAUUUAAACCAGAGUCUCGAAAUCCAAAAGCUGAUAUAUUCCCUCUUCGAUUGGACAAUAGAACCUUCCUUAGAAUUUAUUUACAAAAAUUGUAAAAUGAUAAUCGGAGUGACGAAAAUUCAUUUGGUAAUUGCAACCUUCAAUUUAUUUACCAUUUUGCUAGAAGAAUUGAAAGAGAAGGGGAAGCCAGAACACUUUAUGGCUUGGAUCGAAGCGAUUUUUGUCAUUUCUACCUCUUGGGCUUUGACUGGAACUUUGGAUUUCGAAUCUCUCAAGUUAUUUAAUUCAUUCUAUCUGUUGUUGUGGAGUAAAAAUCGACCAGACUCUUUGAAGCAAAUUGAAAUGUCCCUUCCAAGUGAGGGUUUGAUGAGAGAUUAUAUUUAUGUUUUUAAGGGAAAUGGAACCUGGAAACUCGUAGAUCUUCACAAAGCUGAUCUCGUCGAAAACCCAGGAUUUAGGGAAAUAUUUAUUCCCACAGUUGAAUCUAUCAACUAUACAAGAAUUCUCCAACAGCACAUUAAUCACAAAAAACCUUUUAUUCUCUGCAGUACUGACUCCAGUGGAAAAACUUCUCUUCUCCAGGACUUAUUUUCUAAAUUUGAGAAUUUUUCAACAAACUGUUUUCAUUUUCCUUCGAGAAUCACUGCAGACAAAUCUCAAAGGAUUUUUUUGUCCAAGUUGAAGAAAAUAAAAUCUGGAUACGGUCCUCACAAAGAUUUUUCGCUAAACUUUGUCGAUGACUUCAACUCUGAGAAUUCCGAUCUCUUGGAGUUGAUGCGACAGUAUUUUGAUUAUGGAUUUUGGUACGAUUCGGACAAGUCAAAACAAAUUUUUAUCAAAGACAUGAUGUUCGUGGCUGCGAUGAGUAAACCAAAUUCCAAAAUGUGUCAACGAUUUUUGAGACAUUUCAGUAUUUACGUGAUGCACGAGUACUCGAGGGAAAAUAUCUUGAGAAUAUUUUCGAAUUUGUUAGUUUUGAAUUUGAAAAAAAAUUCCUUUGCAAUGGACGUAGGGCCAAGUUUGAAUGGAAUUGUAAAUGCGACGACUGAAUUUUAUUUCUGGAUAAAAGAAACUCUGAGACCAAUUCCAGGAAAGUGGGAGUAUAUUUUUAAUUUGAGGGACAUUUCGAGAGUGAUAAGAGGUUGCAGCAUUAUUCAGAAAGAGUCAGUCGAGAAAAUUACAUUCACUCGUCUCUGGGUUCACGAAACUUUCCGAGUAUUUGGAGACAGAAUUAACAACAAAGAGGACCAAGAAUGCUUUUUCAGAAAAUUGAGAGAAUGCUGCAAGUUGCACUUUAAGGAUUCAUUCGAGUCAGUUUUUGAUCACCUUCCCAAAUUCGAGGAAGAAUUAACCCAAGAGAGUUUCAAGUUCCUGCUUUUUGGAAAUGUCGACAAUUUGAGAAAAUAUGAAGAAAACUCGAUGGAUUUUCUUCAGAAUAAAGUGAGUUCCUACAUCAAGGAGUACAAUAUCAAAAAUCAAAUCAAACUCGAGUUGGCGAUUCCCAAUUUUAUUUUGGAACAUUUGAUUCGAAUUUGUAGAGUUAUGGCGAUACCUGGAGAACAUUUAUUGAUGAUUUGCCCGAGUGGUUUUGGAAGAAGAACUUUGAUCAGACUCGCUGCUUUCAUCGAGAAGCAAAAUUUGUUCGAGCCUGCCUUGGACAUUUAUUACGACUUAAAAUCUUGGAGAGAAGAUUUAAAGAGAAUUCUAAAAAGCUGUGAAGAUUAUUCGAUUGUGGCAACAGAUCGAGAGUUUGGGAGUGAAGAAUUUUUGGAGGAUGUGACAAGUUUGGUGAAAAGUACUCAACUUCCAGAAUUUUCUUCGGAAGAUGAGAGAGAAAUUGUACAAAAGGUGAGACUGAGAGCGCAGGAGGGGAACAGAAACUCAGAGUUGAGCAUUUCCCAAAUCAUGGAAUAUUUCCUAAAAGAGUGUAAGAAGAGGCUCCACUUUUUUAUUUGCAUUUCGCCUCUCAAUUUCUCACCAAAAUAUCUUUCACUGAUAAAAUCCUCGACCCUGAAUUACCUCUCCUCCUGGCCGAAGGAAACUUUCGAACAAGUGGGUCUCUUUUUUUUGAAGAAGGAGCUGAUUGUCCGACCCUCGAUAUUUUUUUACGAGCAUAUGGAAAACGUGGAAAAAUCGCCCUCGAUUUAUAUCCGUUUUCUAAAACUCUACAGAAAAACGGUUUUAAAAAAGGAGAAAGAACUGAAAAAUUCUAGAGGCAAGUAUAUUUCUGGGCUAGAGAAACUGAAGCUAGCCUCGAACCAGGUUGAUGAGAUGAAAAAGGCUCUGGAGAUCCUGAAACCUCAGCUUGAAUCUUCAGCGUCACAAACUCGGGCGACAAUGAAAGAAAUCGAGAAUGAAAAUCUCCUGGUAGAAAAAGCGACAAUUACUGUCAAAGAGGAGGAAGUGAUUGCGAAUCAGAAGGCAGAAAUUGCUGGAAAACUCCGAACGGAGUGCGAAACUGACUUGGCGGUUGCGAUUCCAAUUUUGGAAGAUGCGGUUUCAGCUCUGAAUACUCUAAAACCGACAGACAUAACUUUAGUCAAGGCAAUGAAAAAUCCCCCAGACACGAUAAAAUUAGUUAUGGCCGCUGUCUGUGUAAUGUUGGACGUUCCCUCGGAAAAAAUCCUUGAUCCCGCGACUGGAAAGAAAAGUUCCGACUUCUGGGGUCCAAGCAAAAGGGUCCUCGGCGACAUGAAUUUCCUCCAGAAUUUGAAAGACUACGACAAGGACAACAUUUCUCCGUCCAUCAUGGAGGUGAUAAAGAGCAACUACAUGGAGGAGAAAACUUUUCUUCCCCAGAUUGUCGCGAAAGCAUCGAGCGCUGCCGAAGGUCUCUGCAAAUGGGUUCGAGCGAUGGUUUCUUACGAUGAAGUGGCCAAAGCUGUGGCACCCAAGAAGGAAAAACUCGCCUUGGCUCAGAGAGAGUGUGACGAGGCUGAGAGUUAUCUGACAGAAAAGAGGCAAACUCUGGCGGAUUUGAACGAGAAACUCGCAGUUUUGAAAAACAGUCUCGAGACUGUUUUGGCGAAGAAGAUGAUUUUGGAAAAGGAGGUUUCGGACUGCAGGGACAGACUGAAAAAAGCUGAGAGUUUACUGACUAGUUUGGGCGGAGAAAAAAAUAGAUGGAUAGGAUGUACCAACAAUUUGCAGGAAUCGAUAGACUGUCUGACUGGAGACAUCCUUCUGGCCUGCGGACUAAUUAUUUAUCUCCCUUUCUACAAUCUGGAGAAGAGAAAUUCGAUUUUAAAAUCCUUUCAGGAUUUUCUCAAGAGUCAGACGAUUCCCUGUAGUGAUUUCAAUUUUGUAAAAAUUCUGGGGAAAGAGAACGAGUAUCAGGAUCCAUUUUUUCUUCAAAAUGAGGCAAUUAUCCGAAAUUCGGACAAGUGGUGUUUGUUUAUUGAUCCGCACAAUCAGGCAAAGGAGUGCAUUCAAAUUUUCGAGAAGAAUCUCAAGAUUAUAAAGGCAAAUGAUGAAGAUUUCAUUGACGUUCUCAAAGAAUCUGUAAAUUUAGGAAGAGCGCUUCUAGUUGAGAAUUUUGAAAAUCUCGCAGCUUUUCUCGAACCAGUUUUUUUGCAAGAAACUUACGGAGAAGAUCAAAUUUACUUAGACAUCCAGGGAGAGAAAAUUGUCUGUUCUCCAAAUUUUAGAUUCUAUCUCUCAACGAGAGUCAAGAAUCCAAAAUUCUCGGUUGAUACUUUCAACAGAGUUACUGUUAUCAAUUUCAAUAUUUCCAAAGAGGCCUUGACCGAAAAACUUUUAGACACAGUAAUUGCAAAAGAAAAUUACCAGCAGCAGGAUAAGUACGAAAAAUUGUUGACUCAAUUGUCCUCUGACAAAGUCUUAUUGAAUCACGAGGAGGAAAAAGUUUUAGAAAUUCUUUCUUCCUCUGAUUUGAACAUCCUCGAGGACAGAGCAGCCAUGAAGAUUCUCGACUCUUCGAAGAAUUUGUCAGUCGAGAUUUUAAAAAGGGAGAGAGGAUCUUUGGAAAUUAAAGAAAAACUUGACUCGUUUCGUGAGCAGUACAGAGAGUUUGCGAAAUAUUCUGCUGGACUCUUUUCCACGAUCGAGAGCCUCUCAAAUUUAAAUCGAAUUUACCAUUUCUCGCUUUCCUGGUUUUUUCAAAUUUAUACCAAGGCAGCUGAGAGCUCAAGAAGAAGCGUUCUUUUGGAAAAAAGACUGGACUACCUCAAAAUUGGUUUCACGAGGAAACUCAACACCAGUGUCAGAAAUUGUCUUCUGGAAAAGGACAAAUUGCUCUACUCUUUUUUGCUCUGCAUUAAAAUUUUGAAAGAUGACGGGAAAAUUGGCCAAAGUGAGAUAGAACUGUUUAAAAAUUUCAAAAAGAAAAUUCCGGUCAAGUGGGAGCCAGAAAAAUUCAGAGAAGAAAUAUCCAAAAUAGAUGAAAGUUUGGGAGAAAAUUUCUGGAAAAAUUUGAAUAACUGGAAACUUUACUUUGAAAAUCCGAAAAAAUCGAUUUGCGAAGACUUUCCAGCAUUUCAAAAAUUAAUGAUCACGAAAAUAAUUCGACCCGAUCAGAUCCGGAUUUCAAUUUCCAAUUUCGUUGAAACCGUACUCGGCAAUUUGGAGUUCAGUGACAAAACUCGAUUUAUUUCUACGGCUUUCGAAGAAUCAAAUUGUCUAACGCCCUUAAUUUUCAUUCUCCCAAGUCACGUGACUCUUCUUCCAAUUCUUUCAAAAUUUGCAAGAAUUAAGCGACAGAAAUUACUCUCGCUUUCGAUGAGCGAGUGUCAAAACGAAAAAGCAGAAUUGUUGAUAAGAGAAGCUCAAAGAGAUGAAAAGUGGGUCUUUUUAGAAAAUUGUCACCUCGCCCCUUCCUGGAUGUCAAAAUUGGAAAAAAUUAUUGACAAUUUGAGUGCCGAGAAUACAAGUCUGGAAUCUAGAUUGUGGUUAUCGACAUUUCCCUCUGACAAGUUUCCUCUGAGUGUUUUGCAAACUGGAAUUAAAAUUCCCUGCGACUCUCCUCUUGGAUUAAAGUCAAAUUUAUUGUGGCUCUAUAAUUCAGAAAUGAAUGAAAAGUUCUUUGAUUGUCCCGGAACAGAUGAAACAUUUUUCAAAUUACUGUACGGGUUGAGUUUUUUUGAUGCGCUUGUGAAGGAAAGAAGAAAUUAUGGCCAUCGUGGUUGGACCUUAAAUUACGAAUUUGAGUCCGACUUUUCCUUGAGUGCAAUUCAACUUCAGGAUCUUGUAAAUAAAAAUAGGGAAAUGCCAUUCGAGGAAUUUUUUUAUUUGAUUCAAGAAUGUAGUUACGGAAGCAAAAUUGUAAAUGAGGUUGACAAAAAACGCCUGGGAGUUUUUAUAGAGGACUUUUGCAGUAUAAAAAUCGUUCAGGAUCCUCUUCAUUCGUUUUUUGACGCGCCUGAUUUUUUGAUUCCGAACAGAUGGGCUUUAAAUUCUAGCAAAUCGCUUUUUACUGCAAUUCGUUUAAAAUUUGCGAGACGUCAAAAUCUUUCUAUCAAUGAAAUUAAUUUUUAUUUUGAAAUAACGCAGAGUUUCGAAUUAUCAGAAGAGAGUUCUGACAUUUUUCAAAUAUACGGAUUACUUUUGAAUGGAGGAGAGUGGGACCUUGAGAAAAAAGUGUUGAUAAAUAGUGUGACAAAAAUUUUUUGGCACGAAAUGCCAGUUAUUUGCUUAAGAGUUAAGACUGGAAAUGUUAAUUAUUUUGAAAAUGGUUAUGAAUGUCCGCUAUUUAAUGUACCUUUUCAGAAUUGUUUUCAAAAUUUUAUGGCGGGGGAGGAUAAUUUAAUUUUGUGUAUAUUUUUGCGGACGGAGAGAAAUUGUAAAUAUUGGACGAAAAGGGGAACUGCUUUGUACUGUAAAAAGGAGUAA